CACUAGACUCGGCUCGGAGGACCCGGAAGUCGCGUCCCUUUCUCCUUCCCUUCGAAGCCGGCGGUAAGAUGGCGGCAACUGUGGACUGCGACGUGAUGAUGGCGCCCGUGGAGCCGGAGAAGAGCGCAGAGGAGCUGGAGAGGGAGGCUGAAGCAUACAAAGAGAAGGGGAAUGCGUUCUAUGUCCAGAAGGACUACAAUGAGGCCUACAACUACUACACAAAGGCCAUAGGCAGAACAGGAAGUAAGAGGAAAUCCCACCAAUUUGAGGAUUGCUCAUGCAAGAAUGCUAGUUACUAUGGAAACCGUGCAGCCACCUUGAUGAUGCUGGGAAAGUACCGGGAAGCACUGGAGGAUUCUCAGCAAGCAGUGCGACUUGAUGACACCUUUGUUAAGGGUCAUCAGCGUGAGGGAAAGUGUCACCUGACUUUGGGAAAUGCAAUGGCCGCAUCUCGCUGUUUCCAGAAGGUUAUGGAGGUGGAGCCUAACAAUGAGCAAACUCGGCUAGAGCUGAAAAAUGCAGCUGCUGUUUUAGAAUAUGAAAAGAUUGCAGAGGUCGACUUUGAGAAACGGGAUUUCAGAAAGGUUGUAUUCUGCAUGGAUCGGGCCUUAGAGUUGGCUCCUGCCUGCCACCGCUUCAAAAUCCUUAAAGCAGAAUGUCUGGCGAUGCUUGGCCGCUACCCAGAUGCCCAGUCUGUUGCCAGUGACAUCUUACGGAUGGAUUCUACAAAUGCUGAUGCUCUGUAUGUACGGGGUCUCUGUCUCUAUUACGAAGACUGUAUUGAAAAAGCUGUACAAUUCUUUGUGCAGGCCUUGAAAAUGUUCCCAGAUCACCAAAAAGCUCGACUUGCCUGCAGGAAUGCUAAAGCCUUAAAAGCAAAAAAAGAAGAGGGCAACCAGGCAUUCAAGGAGGGCAACUAUGAAUUGGCCUACAGACUUUACUCCGAAGCACUCAGCAUAGACCCCAACAAUAUCAAAACAAAUGCCAAACUAUACUGUAAUCGUGGCACUGUCAAUGCGAAGCUGAAGAAACUGGAUGAGGCCAUAGAUGAUUGCACGAAUGCCGUAAAACUGGAUGAAACGUAUAUCAAGGCAUAUUUGAGAAGAGCACAGUGUUAUACAGACACAGAGCAGUAUGAAGAAGCAGUCAGAGAUUAUGAGAAAGUUUACCAGACAGAAAGCACAAAAGAACACAAACAUUUGCUUAAGAAUGCACAGCUGGAGUUAAAGAAAAGCAAGAGGAAAGAUUACUACAAGAUACUAGGAGUGAACAAGACUGCGUCUGAAGAUGAGAUAAAGAAAGCCUACAGGAAAAGAGCGUUAAUGCAUCAUCCAGACCGGCACAGUGGCGCCACCACUGAAGUUCAGAAAGAAGAGGAGAAGAAGUUCAAAGAAGUGGGUGAAGCCUUUACAAUCUUGUCAGAUCCUAAAAAGAAGGCUCGCUACGACAGUGGGCAGGACUUGGACGAAGAAGGAAUGAACAUGAACGAUUUCGAUGCCAACAAUAUCUUCAAGGCAUUCUUUAGUGGUCCAGGAGGCUUCAGCUUUGAAGCUUCUGGUCCAGGAAACUUCUUCUUCCAGUUUGGGUAACAGACACACGCACACAUCUUCCUGUCCAACGCCCUCUCAUAUCCCUCUUCUGUUCAAGUGUUUUAACCCAGAAAAAGGACUUUAUUUAAUCAGACUUCUCCACAGCAUCAAUAUGUCUCUCUGUUUAUUAGAGAAGUUUUUUUUAAUAUUCUUUUGAAUCCAUCUCAGAUUAAAUACCUCUCCGUGUGCUCGUGUGCGAAGGAAAUUUUUGAAUGCGACAUGAAGGAAAAUUUCAAAUAAAAUGUAAAUGCCUGACGAAACGUGGGUUGGCAUUUUGUCACAGCCAGGUGAAAUCUGCACCAUCCUUUUUGAUGUCUGGGUGGGAUUGGGGAAGUAUGAAUCAUUCUGCCUAAAAAAAAAAAAAAAAAA